AUGGCUAAAGAGUUGGAAAUCGAGGAACAGAUCGUAGCGCAGGGAGACCUAGUACGUCAACUCAAAGGAGAUGCGUCAGCUUCCGAGGAUGUGAAGAAAGAAGCCAUCGACAAACUUCUACGGCUGAAGCUGACUUAUAAGGAGAUAACUGGCAAAGAGUAUGCGGCUCCCGGUGGUCGCAAGCAGAAAGAGAAAAAGCCUGCAGCUGAGAAGCAGGAGAAAAAACAGGAUGCGAAAGCUGAUGGAAAAAAGCAAACGAAGUUGGGAAUCGAAAUUUCGAAAGAUGAAAAUUACUCAGAAUGGUAUGGGCAGGUAAUCACCAAGGCCGAAAUGAUUGAAUAUUACGACGUAUCCGGAUGUUACGUGUUGCGCCCCUGGUCAUAUGCAAUUUGGGAAUCUAUCCAGGCAUGGUUCGAUAGCGGUAUCAAGAAACUUGGCGUGAAAAACUGCUAUUUUCCCAUGUUUGUCAGUAAUGCGGCGUUGGAACGAGAAAAGACUCACAUUGCCGACUUUGCUCCAGAGGUGACGGAACAGCCUUAUAGCUCAUUUGUUGCUUGGGUAACGCGAGCUGGCUCGUCUGAUUUG